ACCUAUGCCAAUACGUCCUAUAGUGGGUGAGAGCUCCAUAUUUAUCCGCGCCAGCGCAAGGGGAAAAAACGGGUACCUAAAGCCCCCACGUAAACUUAAAUCUUCUCCUAACAUCAAAUUGGCAGCGACGACAUAGAAAUGCCAUAACCAUAAUUCAUCCAACUUCCCCUAUUCAAUCCGCCUUCCUGCCUUCAUCGCACUCUCUUUCUCUCUUUCUAUAUAUCCCCUUUCUUAGACUUACAAACAUCUAAUAGACGAACCCAAGGAUUAACAACAAGCAAAAUGGCGGCCCCAGACACAUCCACAUUCACCAGCUCAUCCCAAGUCUUCGCCUCCCUCACACUCCCGCAAGUGCGCGCUGCACAUAAAAGCCUACACACGCAAAUCGAUGAGAAAGCCGCCCGUCUGCGCACACAGGUCGGGAGUAGCUACCGCGAGCUACUCGGCACGGCUGAUGCUAUCGUGCGUAUGCGCGACGACAUGUUGGCCGCCCAGGACCGGUUAGCUGCUAUGGGCGCGGCUUGUGGGCGUGGUGUUAUCGGCUCUAAAGUCACGGGUUUGAGCCAGUUUCGUGGGAAUGAUGAGGCGGAGGCGCGUGCGGGACGCGCGGCUAGGGUGAAGUUGUUGGGUGCGUGUGGAUUGGCGGUGGGGAGGUUAUUGAAGAGUGCUAGUUCUAGUACGGGGGCGGAAAGUAGGGGAGAUAGAUUGGUACUUGCGGCGAAGGUCCUGGUACUGAAAAGACUGCUGGUUUCGAGUUUUGGUGCCGGUGAUAAUGUCAAUGAGGAUAUUCGCGCUGCGGUUGAAGGCGCGAAGAAGACAUUGGGUAGUCUACGCAGGAGAUUACUCAGAGCCGUUGAGAAAGUGCUAGAUAAGAUGAGCGAUGGCGUGGACCGAGGUGAUAUUCUGAAAGCCUUGACCGCGUAUAGCCUGGCUUCUAGUUCUGGUGCGAAAGAUGUUUUACGCCAUUUCCUGAGCGUUAGGGCCGAAGCUAUGGUUUACGAAUUCGAUAUCGAAGAGCAUGAGAAAGAAAGGGACGUUAGCAAUGUCCUGAAAGGCCUCGAUUUAUAUACGAGAACUCUUUUGGACGUACAGGCCAUAGUUCCUAGCAAGCUCUCGGAUGCGUUACUUCGACUAAAGAAACAGCACUUGUUGGCGGACGAGUCACUUCGGGCAUUGGAGGGCCUCCGGCUGGAUAUUUUCGAAAAAUGGUGUGGAGACGAGAUUCAAUAUUUCACGCCUUUCAUUCGGCACGAUGAUUUAGAUGGCAAACAAGCUAGAGAAAUGCUCACGAGUUGGGCUGAGAAGGGCGGUGAAAUUCUUCUCCAAGGUCUACGGAAGACCCUCGAACACGUUUCUGAAUUCAAGACUAUUGUGGAUCUACGGACAAGUGUUCUACAGCAUUGGAUUAAGGACGGUGGGAAGGCUAGAGGAUUUGACCCAUCCGUCUUAUUGAACGGGCUGCGCGAAGCCAUCGAUGAGCGUCUUCUAAAAAUUCUAGAAGCCAAGGUCUCCAAACUCAAGCUUGUCGGGUCUGAGGUGACUGCCACCCUUGAAGUGUGGAAACCUGGUACCAGCGAUCAACACCGCAGUUUGUGGGAUGAAGAAAUACUGGAUAUAGACGUCUCAGGCAGCGCACACAACGUCACUCACGAAGUCGUUUCCCGUUUGUAUGGAAGAAAUGACGCUGUGGCCCGAGUAGUCACAAGCUACGAGUCGUGGCACCGCCUCGUUGACAGCGUAGGCGACUUGAUCAAUCAACUCAGACGUCAGCGUUGGGAUGACGAUGUGGAGGAGAUUGAGGACGAGGAGGUCAUAGAAGCUAGGCAAACGUUGCUAAGCAAGCAUGACCCCGAAUUGCUACAAAAGGAACUCGAUAAAGCUAUUGCUGAAGCAUUCAAGGAUCUAAACGAGAAUUUGGCUGUCGCUUGGAAAUCCAAAUCAGAUUCUUCAGACAGUGGAGCCAUUUCCAUGUACCUUUUGCGAAUUCUCAGAGACAUUCGUAGCAAGCUGCCUAAGCUCGAGGGCAUCAAAUCUUUCGGUCUAGAGAACGUCCCAUCUCUACACGAGAAGCUGGCGGCUCAUGUGUCAAUCGCGCCACUCGAAGAAUUCGCUACGACGGCUUUGACAAAUAAACGAGUGGUUGGCCGACCCCUCUGGGAGGGAGAGCCGGUCUUACCAGCGCAGCCAUCCCCUGGCACAUUCAAGCUCCUACGCAACCUCAUCAUGUCCAUGGGAAAUGCUGGUUUAGACUUGUGGACUCCUAUUGCUGUGAAUGUUUUGAAACGAGAGUUUGGAAAACAACUCGUCGAAGUGUGGCAGCAGGAACUUAACUCCGAAGCUGCCGACGACAAGAAUACAGAUGAGGCGAGUGAGAACAAGCAGUCGGAACAGGAAGAUGGCGUCCCCACAGAAGCCGAGGAGGAUUCUAAAAGCGAGGAUGCUCCCCAAGAAAAACCCGAGAAGCAUAGAGACAUAUACAUUCAAUGGCUCUAUGACAUACACCUUCUCCAACAAUGUCUCGGAGCCGACGUAUAUUCUGAGGAGUCAUUUAAGGCAUUCGUAGAGGAAGUAUUUAAGAAGACUGGGUUAGAAAAUGGCGCCAAGGACAAACUGGCUAAAACAUCAGAAGAGUAUUGGAAGAGAACGAGCUUACUAUUUGGGCUGCUUGCAUAAUACCCAUAUAGAACAAAAUUGCACA